AUGGGCAUCCACAAUGUACAGGGGCAGAGUCUUCAGCGCAUGAUCGCCGUUCUUGGUGCGGUCGCAUUUCUGGUCCAGGGAUAUAACCAGUCUAUUAUGAAUGGCUUCACCACGCUGCCCAGUUUCUUGGCUGCGAUCCCGCAGGUCGACACGGUCAACACUACAGGCGCACAGGCAUCGCACAACUCCACGAUUCUAGGUCUUGUCGUGGCUAUUUUUGAGCUUGGUUCUGCAAUUGGCGCACUAUCUUGCCUGGCUAUUGGUGAUAAGCUGGGUAGGCCCAAGACGAUGUUGGUCGCCGGAUUCAUCUGCACUGUGGGCGUGGUGAUCCAAGCAUCCACGUACUCCCUUGCCCAGAUUCUCGUUGGCAGAAUUGUCACAGGUGUGGGAAUCGGCAUCUAUACAGGAACCGUUCCCAUGUACGUGAGUGAGUCAUCCAGUGCCACCAAGCGAGGACAGCUUGUAUUGGUAGAAGGUGUCUUUGCGCUGAGCGGACUGGCUAUCGCAUCGUGGGUCAACUUCGGCAUGUUCUAUACAACAGGCUCGGUCAGCUGGAGAUUCCCCAUCGCUCUUCAGCUGAUCUUCAUUGCCAUUAUUCUCUCGCUCACUCCAUGGCUUCCGGAAUCUCCUCGAUACCUAGUCAAGAAGGGAAGAAUUGAAGAAGCAACCGCCAUCAUGGCAAGACUGAUGGGUCUACCUCAAGAUGACACCUCGGUGUCCAAGGAGAUUGCUGUGAUUCAGGCCGCGCUUGCAAGGAACAGCCAACACUCCGCAAAUCCCUUCUCGAUGAACGAGAACAGGCACCUCCAACGAUUAUUGGUCGCGGCAAGCGGAACGAUGAUCACUCAAAUGACCGGUAUUAACGUGAUCGCGGGCUAUUCUACAUCCAUCUUCGAGGAAACACUUCAUUACUCCGGCAGCGAUGCUAGAAUUUUCUCCGCUUGUCUGCAAAUGGCGUUGGCUCUCGGCGCCUUAACUGCGAUUUUCCUGGUCGACCGAGUUGGCCGUCGUCCCAUGAUGCUUUUCUCCACGGGCUCCAUGGUAGUAGCCCAAGCGGCCGUUGCAGGCUUGACAUCAGAUCUGUCAAACCCAGCUACCGGCAAAGCAGCAGUGUUCUUCUACUUCUUCGCCAUGUACUGCCUCCCCAUCGGCAUGUUCAUUAUGCCAUUCAUGUACGGUUCGGAAAUCGCCCCGCUGUCAAUCCGCCAUAUUGUUGCGGCUGCGACGGCCGUAUCUAGUUGGCUCUUCAACUUCAUGGUGGCUGAAGUCACUCCGGUCGCACGCGACAGCAUUGGUUGGAAAUACGACAUUGUUUAUGCUGCAACCAGUAUAGGAAGCUGUGUUCUCAUAUAUUUCUUUUAUCCGGAGACUCGGGGCCGGUCACUUGAGGAGAUUGAUGAGAUUUUCCGUCAAUCUAAGUCUAUCUGGGAUCCUGUUCGUGUGGCAAAGAAGCUUCCUGUCGGAUUUGAUGUUCUAGAAACUAUCGAUGAUUCUGCAAAGGAAGCUUCCUUUCAUACAUCAGGGGUCUAA